UUGAUUGGCUGACUGAAAUCAUGACAAUUUGAUGUCAAUAGGAAGCGACGAAUGCUUAUUUCUUUCCUCCACAUUUUUGUCAGUGUUUGUAUAUAUGGUUUUCCCUGAUAGCUGAUACACAAAAGCGAAUUAAUGCAUUUUUGAACACCGGGAUUUCAGAUGGAUGACAUCAACCUACACCACAGGUUCCUAAAUUGGAGGCGUCGAAUCCGAGAGCGAGAAAUGGGAGAAGUGCGUCCAGCACAAGAACGAUUCAUGAGGUUGCUGAAGAAUGGAGACAUUCUCAGUUACCAAGGGAACUCUGAUGAAGUGGGUUGCUACGUCGCGCCCCAACCUUUAUCAAAGGGAACUUGCUACUUUGAGGUGACGAUAGUGGACACCGGGCUCAGAGGGACCAUCGCAGUGGGCCUGGUGCCCCGGUUCUACCGACUCGACCACCAGCCGGGCUGGCUGCCAUACUCUGUCGCCUAUCAUGCUGUCAAUGGCAAGCUUUACAACGGAAACCCACUGGGGCAGCAGUUUGGCCCUCAAUGUGUCCGUGGCGACCGCAUCGGCUGUGGAAUACACUCCGAGAACCCAGCAGCAGGAAUCACUACCGUCUUUUUCACCAAAAAUGGCAGAGAGGUGGGUUCGGCGGAGGUCCCGGGGACCACAGAGGGCCUAUUCCCCGCUGUGGGCAUGCACUCCCUGGGAGAGGUGGCACGGGUGGACCUGCAGGCCCAGUGGCUCCUGGAGGAGGACGAGAGCAUGAUGAUGGUGGACAGCCACGAGGACGACUGGGGGCGUCUCUUUGAUGUCCGGGCCAGUGGCACGAUAACGAAGUGCGUUACAUCAAUAAAGAUACAGAAAACAAAGGAAAAAACAGACGAAGAGAAUCCAUUAAAAAGUACAAACAAACUUGGCGCACAGGAGACGCAUAACAAACUGCUGGAGUACGUUGGCAAGGGGAAGAGUAUCAUGGACGUGGGCCUGGCCCAGGCCCGCCAGCCACUCACCACGCGCUGCCACUACUUUGAGGUGGAGAUCGUGGACGCCGGGGAGAAAUGCUACAUCGCCUUGGGCCUGGCGAGGAGGGACUACCCCAAGAACAGACAUCCAGGCUGGAGUCGGGGUUCGGUGGCCUACCAUGCAGACGACGGGAAGCUGUUCCACGGCAGCGGGGUGGGCGAUGCCUUUGGCCCACGCUGCCUCAAGGGGGACAUCAUGGGCUGUGGGAUCAUGUUCCCACGAGACUACAUCCUGGACGGAGAAGCUGAUGGGGACGACUGGGAACGGCUGGAGGAUCAGCCACAGCCGGAGGGCAUCCAGAAUGUUCUGUACCUGAACGACGAAGGCGAGGAGGAGGAGGAGGAGGAGGAGGAAGGAGACAUGGAGAUGGAGCGGGGACAGGAAGGCAGGAAGGUGGCGGUGUUCUUCACUCGGAACGGCAAGCUGAUGGGCCGCCGGGAGGUGGGCGUCCCCCUGGGGGGCCUCUACCCCACUGUGGGCAUGCUGAGCAGCGGGGAGAAGGUCAAGGUGGACCUGCACCCCCUCAGCGGCUGACCUGGGAGAAGAUGGCGUCCAUGACCUUGCUGUUGUGGUCACCAUGACAACAGCAGCCUGUGGAUUUAGGAGCAUGGAGAACAGGACGGGGCCCCACUGAGCAGCUGGAGCCCGCCCACCUGCUGCGAGCCCACGGCAGAACUAUGCAAUCACCAAGAACCGCCACCUCCUCAUCCUCAUCGGCCCCUCCUCCUGAAGGACCACCACCCUCUGUGAGGCCAGCGGCCCCGAGGGAAACAGAAUGGGGGCCACACUUAUCAUAGAAAGGAGGACAACCUUCUCUCGCUGUCUCUGUCUCUCUCUGUGUCUCUUACUCUGUCUCUCUCUGUCUGUCUGUCGCUCUCUCUGUCUGUCUCCCUCUUUCACUGCUUUUCUCUCUCAAUCUCUGUCUCUCUUUGCGAGGCAUGCGCAUUCGUAAGAAUGCAGCAAUUUUGCUGCAGGAACAAUUAAUAUUUUCCAGCCAUUUCUCCUUUCCUCUAUAGCUGAUAAUGACCUUUGCCGGUUGGGUUAUUUUCGAAGAAGAUGGAGAAGACUAAAGCAGAGAUCAUUUGCUCAUAUUUUACUCAAGAGGUCCUAUUCAAAUAUUUAUAUUAAAAUAUGACUUUUUUUUUAUCUAUGUAAAACAACUGUAAUGGAGCUGCCUGGCAUUAUAUAGCUGCACCAGUAGGCAGUCCCAUUUAGAGAUCCUUUAGAUCAGGGGUCGGCAACCAGACACUUUUGGUCCCUCCCAUCAAAUAAGAUGUAUCUGGAGCCUCAAAAGCUGUUCAACCCCUAAAAUGAAGACAACACAACAUCUAACGUUUUACAUAUAGUUAGACUACAUAUCAAAGAACCAAUAGCCUAUCGUUUGUUGCAUUCAUGAAAUGUGUGGGUGUAGGAUGUGACCCUUAUUUUAGUUUACAAAAUAGUAAAACACUUUAUUUAGCUAUUUAAGUGUCACACUAUCACCUUGAUCUCCAAAAUAAGAGAUGUUCCCUUUGAGAUAAAGGGUUAGUAAUAAAAUAGUUUGUAUUAUUAAUGUCAAAAAGAAUCCAAGCUGCAUGGAGCCGCCGCAGAGGGGUGGACGAGCCCCAGGUUGCCGACCCCUGCCUUAGUCACCCAAAGCACUGUGCCCCACCUCGCAGGGUCCUCUGACCUCCACCCUCCCUCUCCUUCAUGUUGAACAGUGACAAUGGUGUGCCUUUUUCUUUUUGUUUUUAUCCAAUGGAUUCCUUCUAAAAAAAAUACAUUUUGAUUCUCAGUGGACAUGUUGAAUUUACUGCUGGACAUUCUUGAAGAUACUGACAUUUGAUGUUGUGGGCCGUUUGCUGUUUGCUGCAUGCGUUUGGAUGAAAUCAAAGCAGGAGUCCGUACAUACUGAGAUGCAUGUAGCCAUGAGCACUUUACCUCAGCCCCCCCAGUGAGCUGGAGCUGUAGGCCUCCCCGUUAAAGGUGUCUGUCUGGGCCAAUGUUUGUCUUUUUUAGAUGGUUUGCUUUGUUCUAAGGGGAGCUGGUUUUCUAUGCCAAAUUAUUUCCGUUUGUUAGUUACUAUGCUUAAUGUAUGCUCUUGUUUUUCAAUCUUCCUUUGAUGUUUUACUUUUACUCUUGAAUCUUUUCCCCUAAAAUAUACUAUUUAUCCACUUAGUUGGCUGACCAACCACUUCUCCAGAUGCUUGUUCAUGUGUCUGUUUUACCUUAAACUCCAAAGUGAACACGUAAAUAUCAAUCUAGCUAGCUAAAGGUUUGAGAUUGUUUUUCCAAUACAAUGACAGUGUGUCGUACCAAGUACAUUCCUCUGUUCCCUCCCAGGAAGGUUUUAGAAUUAGCCUUUUAAAGCUAGUGGACUGCAAGAUACAAGGUCUAGUUAGCAAAUGACAGAACCAUGCAGUGAUGAUGAGGCUUACCAAUGAAGUGUCUUAGCUUUAACACCCCAUCUGGUGAAGGAGGUUCUGAGAUGUUAUCCACAAUAUACCUUGAAACACCUUUCCUGUGUGUAGUCAGUUGAAUCAGGAGAAGCUGCUGCCUGCAGGCUGUGAAUUGACUUUUGUACAGGUACAUUUAACCAUAACAUAUCAAAUGUCCCUAUGUAACUAUAGGCUACUGAUAGUUUGGCCGUGUGGAUUGUGCGUUUAAGUUUAGAUUGGUGCAAUAAAGGCGGACAUCUUGAUCCCCAAACAAGGUAAACAUGUCUGAUAAUCACCUUUCAAAAGAGAAUGUCAAAUGUGUCUUUUCAUUUGCUUGAAUUAUCUUAGCAAAACAUUAAAUGUGAUUUAUAAAUAA